UCCAUCAGGAUCCUCCUCCUCAACCCCAACUCUUCCCGCUCCAUGACAAAAUCCAUGGAAUCAGCCGCCAACUCAAUAGCAACUCUGUCUCCAUCUGUCUCCAUCAGCACCUACACGGCCCCUGAGCCGUCUCCUGCCAGCAUCGACAAUGCCGAGGGCAUCCAUGCCAGCGUUCAAGCGGUGAUCAACGACCCAGACUUCAAAUCUCGUCUCCAAUCCGAGGCCUAUGAUGCUGUGCUUGUUGCCUGCUUUAGCGUGCACCCCCUCGUCAAGCACCUUGCCAAUGCCCUUAAACCGGUUCCCGUAACGGGUAUUUUCGAAGCCAGCAUCCUUACUGGGCUGUCUCUCGUUCCUCUUGUCGAAGAGGAGCAGCAGAAAUGGGGCAUCGUCACGACGGGGGCCUUCUGGGAGGCUCACCUUGCUAAUGGAGUUGCCGCUUUCCUGGGACAGGCACCAUCUCCGGCAUCUACCACAGGUUCAUCAAGCUCCAGUGACGGCAGAUUUGCCGGCGUCUUUUCCACCGGCCUCAAUGCUGGAGACUUCCACACCAUCUCACAGGAGCAGGUCAACGUGCGUCUCAGAGAGGCUACCAAGCGGCUGCUGUCCGCGGGAAACGUCACCUGUGUCGUCAUGGGCUGCGGUGGCAUGGGCGGCCUGCAAGACAUGAUCCGCGCCAUCGUCGUCCAGGAGUACGGCCAGGACAAGGCCAGAGACGUGGCCAUUGUUGACGGAGUCCAAGCCGGAGUGCUACAGCUGCAGCACGCGGUGCUCAGCCGGCGACUCUUU